ACCUGGGGAUGCCCCUGUCCUUCCCUUCCUCGCUGCGUCUGAGGGGCCAGCCCGGGCACCAACCCCGAGCCCUUGACAUCAGCGGCGCCAGAGGACCGGGGCUGCAUUGGAGUCGUGGGGGAGGAAGGGGCUUUCUGCCUGCACACUGGGCAUUGGCGAGGGCGCGUGUGUCACGGAGUGGGUCAGGACAGGAGGGUUGGGAUCUACAGACGAAGGGACAGGGGUUUUUGUUCAAGGUGCAAUGAGGAGGGGAAGGGGCAGCUCCGCUGGGAGACUUGAGGUAGGUGAGGGGGAGGCUGACUGGAGGGGCGCGAAGAGUGAGGAGGGGGCUGCUGCCCUGGCAGCGAGGACAGGGGAAGGUGUGGAAGGGAAGUGGCGGGGGGGGGUGUGUGAGAAGGGGGCUACCCUGCACCUGGCACCCGAGAGAUGCCGCCGUCUGGAUCAGGAAUGCGACCCAGGGCGGGAGGGGGCUGCUUACUGGCAUUUGAGGGGCGGGGUGUCCACAGGAGAGGAGAGGGGCUGCCCCUCUCGGGGGUCUGAGCGGAGGCUUGUGGUACUGGGGUUGCUCAGCAGACAGCCGGAGGCUGGGGGAGGGGGCGCCCGGCGUGGGCGCGGAGCAGUGGCACGUGGGCCCCGGACCGCCCAGGGGGGACGCGGAGGUGCGCCCCCAGACGUCGGCAGGGGACUCCCCAUCCCCCGCGGGAGCAAGUGGCCGCCUUUUCAGGACCCCCUGGGAGGGGGUGUAGGGAGCUGCCUUGGGGAUGAGAGGGUGGAAAGCGAGAACCAGCAGCGGGGCGGGGGGAGCCGGGGCCGCGAGACGCGGGGGCCGCGGGCCGUGGGGCCGCGUGUCUGGAGCCGGAGGCUGUGGGGGCUGCACGUCUGGGAACCUGUGGAGACUCGGCGGGCGGAGAUGGAGCUGCCGGAAACCGCGGGGAGGGGGCGCAGCGUCUGCGGGAAAGACGGGGUGGUCUGAGGUCCCGCGGGCGGCGUGGGCGGGAAGCGCCGAGGGCUCGGCCGGAUCCCCGGGGGCUGCGGCC